AUGAGCCCCACGCUCGAGGCCGACGGUAACGUCGCGUGCGCGAUCUUCUCGCAUCUCGAGCACCCGAGAGACCGCGACGCGCUCGCCAGCGUGAGCACGGUGUUCAGGGACGCGGAGAAGUCGGACGCGUCGUUGCCCGGCGGCGGCGUAAGUGAGUUGGAAAAGCUCGGUGGCGAGUUUUACGACGAGGACGAGUGCGAGGAGGCGGUCUACUGGUACCGCAAGGGUGCCGAUCGCGGCGAUGCUGAUUGCAUGCACUUGAUGGGACUUUCCUAUCACCACGGCGAGGGCGUGGAUAAAGACAUGAGGAAGGCGUUCGAGUGGCUGGAAAAAGCGUCCGAGUUGGGGCACGUCGGCGCGACACACGACCUCGCCGGGCACUACGAGCUCGGCGUAGGCGUGGACGUAGACGAAGCGAAGGCGAUCGAGUUAUACGUCAAGGCGGCGGGGAUGGGUCACCCGGCCUCUGCACGACAUCUCGGGGACUGUUACUACCACGAGGAGUGCGGCGUGGCGGAGGACAUAAACGAGGCGCUGAAGUGGUACCGCCGCGCGUGCGAGCUCGGCGAUAGCGGCUACUCGGAAAGUCGCGCGGACUUGAUCGAGGAGGGGUUGGAUCCGUCCGAGAGCGACGACGACGACGACGACGACGAACAAAGCGAAUCCGAACACCUCGCGACGUUACCCCAGGGAGGACAUUACUUUUGA